AUGCACAGGGCUGUGAAGCUGCGGGCGCUCUGCAGAGCGUUAGCUACAGCAAGCGCGGGCAUCGAGUCGGCCUAUAAGACAUCAGUCUUGCCCAACGGUCUAACGGUGGCGAGUGAAUUGAUGCCCGGGACAAGGACCGCCACCGUUGGAGUUUGGAUCAACGCUGGGUCAAGAGCAGACGACCCCAAGAGCAGUGGCACCGCGCAUUUUUUGGAGCAUUUGGCGUUCAAGGGCACCAAGAGAAGAACCCAGCACAACCUCGAGCUCGAGAUUGAAAACUUGGGAUCUCAAAUCAACGCAUAUACGUCGAGAGAAAACACCGUUUACUACACCAAGUGUCUCUCGGAGGACUUGAAGCAGAAUGUCGACAUCUUGAGUGACUUAUUGACCAAGUCGCGUCUUGAGCCGCGAGCAAUUGAGAAUGAACGACAUGUGAUUUUGCAAGAAAGCGAUGAGGUCGACAAGAUGUUUGACGAAGUUGUGUUUGACCAUUUGCACGCGGUCGCGUUCAAGGGCCAAGAUCUAGGCCGCACGAUUUUGGGGCCUCGCGAGCUUAUCAAAACGAUCAAUCAGAACGAUUUAAAGAAGUACAUCACGACAAACUAUAAGGGCGACCGCAUGGCAUUGAUUGGAGUCGGGUGCGUAGACCAUGACAAGUUGGUCGAGAUGGGCGAGCUCUAUUUCGGCAAUCUCAAGAAAAGCGAUAUCCCAUUCCAGCAAAGUGGCAAUGACUUGCCCAGGUUUUACGGGGAAGAAAUUCGAGUGCAAGACGACACCAUGCCCACUACACACGUUGCCUUGGCCGUUGAGGGUGUAAGUUGGUCGGCACCGGAUUUCUUUGUUGCUUCGGUUGCUAAUGGGAUAGUUGGUACGUGGGACCGUGCUCUUGGCGGCUCGAACUCGCCAUUGGCCAUCGCAGCUGCCACGAGUGGGCCUCGUGGCACACCGAUUGCCAAUUCAUUCAUGGCAUACACCACGUCCUACGCCGACACUGGUUUGUUGGGUGUGUAUUUCACCGCGGAAAAAGGGCACGAUUUGAGCUUGUUGGUGAAUGCUAUACAAAAGGAAUGGGGCCGUUUGGCGUUGGGCAAUAUAACGGAAAAGGAGGUGGAAAACUCCAAGGCGCAGUUGAAAGCUUCUUUGCUUUUGGUGUUGGAUGACUCUACAGCUAUUGCCGAGGAUAUCGGAAGACAACUUGUAAAUACCGGGUAUCGCUUAUCGCCAGAGGAAGUGUUCAAGAGAGUCGAGUCGAUAACAAAAGAUGACGUGGUGAAUUGGGCUAAUUUCAGGUUGAAGAACAAGCCAAUUGCACUAGCAGCCGUUGGAAAUGUGGAAAGCUUGCCGCCACUUUCGCAUAUAACUAA